GGCUGUGUGCAGCCUGCUCUAGGGUAGGGUGUCCCUGGGCAUGGCAGGGGGCUGGCACUGGCUGCUCCUUGUGGUGCCUUCCAACCCUGCCUGAUUGUAUGAUUCUGUAUACAGCCAUGGAUAUGGCUAUGGCUGUGCCUGUACCUGCAGAAGAAACACUUCUGGCUAUACAUUCUGCAUGGGAAGUCUUGCAUCAGCCUGUGAAAUACAGGUGCCCUGGCCUGAGAGCAGCUCUUGAGCCACACACAGCUGCUGUGGGGAGGGGGAUUGUGACUUCCAGGAAGUUGACUCUGGAGUUGCCAUAAAACUGUAGGUGGUACAACAGGAGACAUUACCAUUGCCUGCAGCCAGCUCUAGGAUUCCUGGGUAAGGAGCAGAAAGAACUUCUACUUGCAGCACUCACCUCAACCUAGGAUUUAAAUUUUCUGCUGCCCUUGUGCUUCUGCUGUUUAACACCAGAAAGAGCCCCUGAAAGCCACCUGCAGUCUGCUCAGUUUCCCACUUAGAAGGAUAUUGAGAAAAGGCAGUUUCAACGUUGAGCAAGACCUUCACCAACCAAAUUGGUGCAAGUUUUGUCCUGAUCGGGAGUUGUGUUGGGCAAUACUGGAAAUACUGGGUGCGACUUUGAUCAAUUUCCUGAGUGUGCAAACUACUCAUCUGCAUGUGGGUGGAGAGGCAAGAGGCUCUGGUUUCAGCCUAAACCAACUCUCUCAAGAUAUGGGGGGCAGGAGACUGUUCUUCGCUGUUCUCCCUGGUGUGGAGGCUAUCCAGAGGAGAUUCUGAGGUGCUCUGGACCGUUGGUGUUAGUGCUAGCAGUGCCUCGCUGUGCAUGUGCCCAGGCCUCUCCCGUGGCUCUGCUCUGCAGCCAGUGAUGGUAGGCUCCAGGUCACAUGGCUGCAUGACACAUGGCUCUCUAUAUAACAGGCUGCCUGGCGACUCCACUCAGGCUGUGCUGAACCUCCCUCUGCCUACCUGCCCUUCGUGCCAGAGAUGGAACAUGUCACUGGGAUACGCGGAGGCUUAUCUGAGGCCAAGCCUGCCACUCCAGAAAUCCAGCAUAUCGUUGACCAGGUGAAGCCAGAGUUUGAACGCAGGCAAAACCAGGCAUGUGCCAUCUUCAGAGCCAUACUGUAUAAGUCUCAGGUGGUUUCUGGGCUCAACUAUUUCAUUAAGGUCCAAGAUUCUGAAGACAGUUUUGUCCACUUAAAGGUGUUUGAGGGCAUUUCUCCUGAGAACCGAGCUCCCAGCCUUGAGGGUUUUCAGACUGGCAAAACCAGAGACGAUCCUCUGACCUACUUCUGAGAGAAGAGGAGGAAUGGCUGCCUCACUUGUACAUCAGUGCUGCCUCUGUCAGUAAACACACCACAAUAAAGCAUGGUUUGAAAA